AUGAAACACUCUAAUAAAAGUGUACCGGCAACUUCUUCUAUGCGUAAUAAAGAUAUAUUGUCACAGUUUACAGAUACUUGUUCUUAUGAAACUCUCUUUCUACAUUACAGAGGUACGGUAUUACCAAAUGUUCUUGUACCAGUCACGUUGUUUUCAGCAUAUUCAAUGUGGUAUGUUAUAUUCGCGGGACAUGGGUUAGCACCAAUACUUAGUAGUUCGCUUAUACCUAUUUUAACUAUGGUAAUUGCUGGUAUGAUUGGAUUGAGAACUAACACUAGUUAUGAUAGAUUUUGGGAAGGAAGAAAAUUAUGGGGUGGGUUAGUCGCCAACGUUAGGAAUGCUACUCGAUUACUUUGGUUUACUGUAACGAAAAAUGAUAAAAUUGAUGAAGAUGAAGGGGAAAAUCCUGAUCCAGAAAAUGAAGAAGUCAAGAAAGCAAUUCGAUUAUUUAUUGCAUUUGCUAUAGCUGUUAAACAUCGACUUCGCGAUGAACAUGGAGUUGGGUAUUUAGACCUAAGAGAUUUAAUACCUUACGUUUAUCGAAAAUUUGAAGAAAAACAUGAACUUGCUUUAGAGAAAGAUGAAUCACAACAUUCCAGUUCUUCCGAAGCUGUUAUAAGUGAGAAAAAACCAAUUUUAAAUAGAAAAUUAAGUAGUAUCUUAAAAGAACAUUCUGAUAUUCAUAAUUUACCCGUUGAUAUUACCCAUAUGUUGUAUAAUUACAUUAGCAUGUUUAGAAAACAAGGUCGUUUGGACCUUAGUACGUUUAAUACUAUUAUUUCUUUAAUUCAUUCUAUGACCGAUAUACUUACUGGAUUUGAAAGAAUCCUCUCCACUCCAAUUCCUCUUGCUUAUUCUAUUCAUUUAAAACAAAUGAUAACAUUGUAUUGUAUGGCAUUGCCACCACAACUAUAUGAGAAUUUAGGAUGGUAUACGGUUCCUAUUACUGCUAUAGCUACAUUUACUUUCUUUGGUGUUGAUGCGAUAGCAACUGAAAUUGAAAAUCCUUUUGGUUUUGAUAUUAAUGAUCUACCAAUUGAUGAUUAUUGUUCAAUUUUAAGAAAAGAAAUUGAAAGUUUAUUUGAGGAACGUCCUUUAGAUCCUGUUCAAUGGAAUAAGAAAUCUGAAUAA